AUACCAGUCUGUUUUUCCCUUAUAGAAUAUAUUUCUAUGUAUGUUUGGAUGUGUUUCAAUCAUUGACUGCACAUUUUUCAAAAUUUCCUACAAAAAAUAAACAAAAGACAAGUGGUUUAACAUUUUUGUGCUACACUCUAUAGCAUGAGAUAAUUGGCUAUAGAUUUGAACUACUGUUUGAUUUAGACAAGGUUUGCUACCUUUCUAGAGUAUAUAGGAUGCAGGAAACACAAUGUACACUUUAUACUAGGGAGCUGAGAGGGUAAAAACCAUCUAAUAACUUUUCCAACUGAAUCAGAUGUUUACAUUCUCACCUACAGGUUUGCCCGACCUGUAAUUCAUGUGUAAAUUCUGGACUGCAUUGCAUUGUGUUAAAACUUCUCAAGUCGUUUUAACUGUAGUUUAAAUUGUGUACAAGCUGCUCUUUAUAUAACCUUUAUGUGCACUUGAGUCAUGUAGCAGCUGGUCUGCUCUGCAACAGAAGAGCAAUGGAGAGAUUUGGUAAAGAUCAGAAUAUGACGGAGAAGUGGGAGGAUUUAAGAGAGGAUGAUGGAAAAGGGCAAAUGCUGCCAAAAUAUUAUUUUCUUGUCUUUUCAGCCUUACUAUUACAUUAGAUGCACAGACGUACUGGGCUACUUGUAUAUUACACCGACAGGAGCUGCUCAGCCAUGGAAACCCAUGACAUGAAGCUCCAAGCAAAUGUUUUUUGUGCUGAUGUUGAUGCCAGAGGAGGUUUGGAACUCCUCCAGUUUGGAAGAUUUGACUUCACUUACUGUAUUGAAAAUGUAAUUAUUUCUUGGUAUGACUAUAGCAAACACUGUGACGUACUUACAGUACAUACACUACAUACAGUACAUGCAUCGGUAUGUUAUGUGUUGCAGUACAGCUGGGGAUAUAUUUUGAGCUAAGCUGUCUCGUUUUAUUUGCUAGCAUUAUAGUAGUUUUGUUAUCUUAGCUGCAAGUAAUACCUUUCUCGUUUGAAAUCAUCUAAAGUAGAAAAUGCCACGUGAAUUAGUAGAUCUAAAGCAAGGUAUGUAGUAAGGCAUGGUUGCUCAGUUUUAUAGCAGUCUUGAGAAGGAUUAAGAGAAGUGAAAAUGGAGAGUUUAGGUGAUUUAAAAAGGGGGGAGAGAGAAGGAAGCUGUGAGAAAUGGAGAGUGAGAGAAGACGACUGGUGAUAUGGAGAGGGAUAGUGAUGGUGUUUCGCUGGAGUUUGCUCCACGGUUCAGGGAGGACCUCUGUCUCUGCCAGUGCCUCUUAAUCCAUCACACCUCCUGCGGUCCUGGAUCCGACACACUACAGCGUCUUCCCAACCCGCUGACGAAUUUAUGCUCAGCUCUGUCAUGCAUGUGUGCCCACUGUUCCUGGCCUUCUCUUAUCCCUGUUUUCACUCUUUUUCUUUCUCUGAGUGAAUGUCAGGGCUAUCAGCACUGCCUCGGGCAAGAUGGACAGACACUGUUUUACAGUGUUUUUAUACAUGCUCCACAUCUAGACUUGUUCUUUCUCUCAACACUGAGAGGCUUUUCUCCUUCCCUUUUCAUAUUUUGCCUGCCAGUGUCUCCUGCAGCAAGCUCAAAUAUUUUCAGUGUUCUUGCCCUUAAUUUCUGCUACAAAUCCAGAAUCUCUCAUAACGAAUAUUUGGAAUAUCUUCCUUUUUUAUGAUCCAUGUGCAUGUACUUAUUUGACAGGAUGUGCACCUCCAGCCAUCUGUCUGUGAGUUUUAGAAAUGAGGGUCAGCUACUUUACUUGAUCAAUCUUGCUAACCCCCCAGAUGGAUCUGCACAUACUGCCUAAGCUUUUUAUGAAAUCUGACGUUAUAAUGAACAGGCUUGAUUAACCCUCUGUCAGACUGCUCACCAGAGCUGGAGGAAAGAGAAUUGUGGUGGUGGUGAUAGAAGAACAUGGCCUGGCUCUAGGCUGUGAAAAGAUGAGCUAGCAUGUGGGCGUUUGAUUUACGUUCAGAAAUGCGUCACACAUACGUUGAAGUCUGCAGCACUUUGUCACUUAACCUCAGUUUUCUGGCAGGUUUUCAGUGUUUGUAGUCUGUCCCUCUCAACUCUGCAGCCCGUCUGUGUACCUCACAGGUUUGCUCUGUGCCUGUUGUUGCACAAGGUGACCCUCUAAACACUCCAGGAUCCCUGCUGUGAUUCUGGCUUUUCUUUGUAGCGGCCAAAUUACGCACCUCCACCCCCUGUCCACCUGGUGGCGAUGUCUCAGCACCUUCCCACCUGUUUCUCUGAGGGAGAGGAUAGUAGGGGUUUAAGAGGCAGCCAGCUUGACUGAUUAUUGGACCUUUCCUUCCUCAUACACCUCAUACCACCCCUGGCUGCUGCCACUGCCCAACUCGGUGCUCUCAGCAUCAAUGCUGGCAAUGUCCAGAGUACCAAGUCCCCCACCACCGGCAGAAAUGUCCAGCAGUCCUGUGGCUGAGAGCUGGUGUUAUACUCAGAUCAAAGUGGUGAAGUUCUCCUACAUGUGGACCAUCAACAACUUCAGCUUCUGUCGUGAGGAGAUGGGAGAGGUCAUCAAAAGCUCCACUUUUUCCUCAGGAGCCAAUGACAAACUCAAAUGGUGUUUGCGUGUGAAUCCUAAAGGUCUGGAUGAGGAGAGCAAAGACUAUUUAUCACUUUACCUCCUCUUGGUUAGCUGCCCAAAAAGUGAAGUGCGUGCCAAGUUUAAGUUUUCUAUCCUCAAUGCCAAGGGAGAGGAGACCAAAGCCAUGGAGAGCCAGAGGGCGUAUCGCUUUGUCCAGGGGAAGGACUGGGGUUUCAAGAAGUUCAUAAGGAGGGACUUCCUGUUGGAUGAGGCCAACGGUCUGCUGCCUGAUGACAAACUAACUCUUUUCUGUGAGGUGAGCGUAGUGCAAGACUCGGUGAAUAUCUCAGGCCAGAACACCAUGAACAUGGUGAGGGUUCCUGACUGCAGGCUGGCGGAAGAACUUGGAGAUCUGUGGGCAAGCUCCAGAUUCACCGACUGCUCCCUGUGUGUUGCUGGCCAGAAAUUCCAGGCACACAAAGCCAUAUUGGCAGCUCGCUCGCCGGUGUUCAGUGCCAUGUUUGAGCACGAGAUGGAAGAGAGUAAGAAGAACCGUGUGGAGAUAAAUGACGUGGAGCCAGAUGUCUUCAAAGAGAUGAUGUGCUUCAUCUACACAGGCAAAGCCCCCAACCUGGACAAGAUGGCUGAUGACCUGCUGGCUGCAGCUGACAAGUAUGCUCUGGAGAGGUUGAAGGUGAUGUGUGAGGACGCUCUUUGCACGAAUCUGUCUGUGGAGAAUGCCGCAGAGAUCCUUAUCCUGGCCGACCUGCACAGUGCAGAUCAGCUCAAGACGCAGGCUGUGGACUUCAUCAACUAUCACGCUGCUGAUGUGAUGGAGACAUCAGGAUGGAAAUCCAUGGUGAUCUCUCACCCACACCUGGUUGCGGAGGCCUAUCAUUCUCUGGCCUCGGCCCAGUGUCCCUUCCUGGGUCCCCCAAGAAAACGGCUGAAACAGUCCUAGUGGUCUGGAGCGAUUCUCCCGACCUAACCCUGCGGCUUCCUCCCGUACCAGCAGCCUCACUGCUCCUCUCUCCCAAUCCUACUUUUGUACCUAUAGCAUCCCAAGAUGCCCACAACUGACGCAUAGGGCUUGGGUACAUAUAUAGCUAGGGCAGCUAUACAGCUGGGCAGCACAGAGAAUUAUUGGACUAAUGCUAUAGAGGAGGUACUACACAUCACUGUAAGAUGAACUGAGUGAAUACCAUAAGACCUGGACCUGGAUAUUUAAGGAUUGCAAGCCCAAAGCCUUGCUUAUUCCAUAUCCAUCAUCAAUGAUAUUGGAAGGCUACAACUCUAUUCUGCCUGUCAGGCACGUAAAGAACUGAUCUCCUGUCUGAAAGUGAAAAGUCAAUGUUGAGUCCCUGAAAAUAUUUGUCUGUGACGUCUUGACUUCUACAGUAACCCAAACUGUGCUUGUGAAGAGACAAGUGAAGAGGAUCAACAAACAGGAAAGUGAAGGACUGUUGUUCCCAUUAUUGGAGACCUUAAUGGUGUUCAGGUUAUUGUUCUUCUAAGGCUUGAACAAUUGUCUUUAUAUUUUUUUUCCAUGAAAGAAUACAAAUGUAAACUGUUUAACUGUUAAAAUCAGGCAGGCACGUUGAGAUGUUUAGCUCAGUUUUUGACUAUUUUCCGACUGGUGACAGACUUCUGCCAGAUUGUUGUCAUUUAGCAAGUAGCGCGAGGCGCAGUCGCUCUGUUUGAAUAAUAACAUCGAUAACAGUACGGCUCUUGGGUGACUGAGGACAUGACAGUAAUUUUACAAGAGUCCGAUCAAAGUAUUCACUGUAAUCUAUAGUGGGCAUGUUUUAGUGGGCAAUAUUUUAAUAUCUAGUGGGCAGUGUUUUAAUAUAAUUGGCAUAGUAUUUGUUGUCUUGUGACAUUAACUGUGCUUCAAAGCUGACAGACCAUACAGCCACAGAGUAUUUGCUCUUUUUAUGUUGUCUUCUUAUUUUUCAUUCAUUGUAGAAUUGCACAAAAUAAUGCUUUUUUGUCAUUUUUUUAAAACACAGUUUUUCAGUCUUAUUAUUUUGUUUUUUUAUUCGUUUCGACUGUAUUGGAAGUGUCACUUGAGAAAAUUGGCUGCUUAUUGUUACACUCCUGCUGUUGGUCAGUUGAGCCAUACGAUACAUAAGCAUAAAUGAAAUGUAGGAAAGGCCAAUAAAAGAAAGCGCUGCCAGCUAACACAACAGAGAAGGUAUCUGCCAGUUUCAAAACAUGACAUGUUUUACAUUAACCUGUUGACCUCAGGCAAGAGAUACUUGCUUUUUAACCAUGCAGUAACGUAAACAUCCGCUUGCAGUGAUAAUAUAACAUUUUAUGUGCUUGACUCCCUACUACACGUGUUAGUGGAGGAUUCCACCAGAGGGCUUCCAUAUUUGCAUGACCUAAAACAGUAAAUAUCAGGGCAGCCCAUUUCUUUUAAGAAAUUUAUUCUCAGUGGGACUUCAAUUGAUAAAGCUCAACGUCUUCAUUUUGUUUUACCCCUGCUCCCUUGUCACAGGGGUCGCCACAGCGGGUGGCUUUGAUGGUUUGAUCGUGCUUGAUGUUUUUCGUCAUGCAACCACAAUGGGAAUUUGUCUCUCUGGCUAGAAUUGAACCAGCGAGCUUUUGCUUGGCAAGCAAACCACUAAACGAUCAGAGUUGUUUGUUCCUAUGUCUAAUUUACAUAUACCUAAGAUGACACUGAUAAUGAAGUGUAGUUGUCUCUGUGCAGAGGCAACAGCACAUCAUAGAGAUGCCAGCAUGCCUAUACAGACUCUGGUACUUACCGUUGGAGUGCUUCUUGAAUCUUCUUGAAACACAUAUUUUUAUUUUUUGAUGAAAUUCACAACUGAAGCUCCAAACACUCACCAUCAUGUGUAUAAUUAAAAUCAAGUAUAUCUCAUGCCUUAAUGUGUUCCCUUGACUUGUUCACAGUCUUGCCCUUUAAAACUGUAAAAUACAUAUAUUUUUGAAUUUUU